UGCUUGAUGCUUGCUGCUUGCUCAACCUACUUGACGGGAAUAUCCCUCCUAUUCCUCGAAGUUGGGGGACUAGGUAUGGCCCGGUCCAGCAAAGUCCUUCCCGCGCCCGAAGAUCUGAACCAAUCGUUAUGUCGUGGUAUCUGGCACAGCGUUCGGGUCCCUGUGCUGUCUUCCACAGAACUAAGAUCCAGCUCCCGACAGGGUCUCACUGCACUGCGCCGUACGUAUGCUUUCCUUCCUCCUCCUGCAUGGCAUUAUACUGCAUAUACUGCAUAUACUGCAUAUACAUAGGUCUGUCUACCUUGGCUAUACCUUUGGUAGGCUUAGGUGGUUUAGGUGGUGGGAGGGUC